UCAGUCAAGUAUAUGAAGGACGUCUCACCGUAUUUCAAGAACUCUGCUGGUGGGACCUCGGUUGGCUGGGACUCACCUCCUGCCUCACCCCUUCAGCGGCAGCCUUCCUCCCCUGGCCCCACACCCCGGAACCUCAGUGAGGCCAAACACGUGUCCUUGAAGAUGGCAUAUGUCUCGAAGAGGUGCACCCCCACUGACCCAGAGCCCAGGUAUCUGGAGAUCUGCUCGGCAGAUGGCCAAGAUACCCUCUUCCUGAGGGCCAAGGAUGAGGCUAGUGCGAGGUCGUGGGCGACUGCCAUCCAAGCCCAGGUCAACGCUCUGACUCCGCGGGUCAAGGAUGAGCUGCAGGCACUGUUGGCAGCCACCAGCACAGCUGGGAGCCAGGACAUCAAGCAGAUUGGCUGGCUAACUGAGCAGCUGCCCAGUGGGGGCAUGGCCCCCACCCUGGCCCUGCUAACUGAAAAGGAACUGCUCCUCUACUCUUCUCUCCCCGAGACCUGCGAGGCCCUGAGCCGGCCAGCCCGUACUGCCCCACUCAUUGCCACCAGACUGGUGCACUCAGGCCCCUCCAAGGGCUCAGUGCCUUACGAUGCAGAGCUCUCUUUUGCCCUGCGCACGGGCACGCGUCACGGUGUGGACACUCACCUGUUCAGCGUGGAGUCACCGCAGGAGCUGGCUGCCUGGACCCGCCAGCUAGUGGAUGGCUGUCACCGGGCCGCCGAGGGUGUGCAGGAGGUGUCUACAGCGUGCACGUGGAACGGGCGUCCCUGCAGCCUGUCUGUGCACAUCGACAAGGGCUUCACACUGUGGGCGGCUGAGCCAGGUGCAGCCCGAGCUGUGCUCCUGCGACAGCCCUUCGAGAAGCUGCAGAUGUCUUCAGAUGACGGUGCCAGUCUCCUUUUCCUGGACUUUGGAGGUGCUGAAGGCGAGAUCCAGCUGGACCUGCACUCGUGUCCCAAAACCAUAGUCUUCAUCAUCCACUCCUUCCUGUCGGCCAAAGUCACCCGCCUCGGGCUGUUGGCCUAGAAGUCACCGGAUGCACUAGCCCUGAAGAGCGGUGUCCAUGACAUGGCCUGAGCCUCUACUGACUGCCUUUUCACCCCUGGGCUGAGGGAAGGGAGAGGAGAGGAACAAGGGCCUCUGAGACCCCACCCCUGAGGGAGACUGGAUUGGUCUUGGGGCCCAGGACCCAGACCCAGGACAGAGUGGACUCUGCCUGUGAUGGGGUGGCCUUCCUGCUGCCCCCCUCCACCAGUGCCUUUUGCAGAGAGAUAUUUUGUGUACACAGAAGCCAUUCCGAGUCUGGGACCUGCCCCUGUGCGGAUCCUGACCCCAGUCAACAGCUGAGCUGCCAGGCCUCGAGGCCCCUAAGUCACCCCAGAGGUACCAUCUGAAGCUGGAGUCCCCUGGGGUCAGCAGCAAGAGAAAGAAGAGGAGACUUUCUGUUUGUUUUUCCCCUCAGCCCUGCCACCGUGGGGAGUCUGGUUUUUCUCUUCAUCCUCUCUCUCUUCUCCUUACUCUUGGAUAAAUAAACAGCCUGUGAGCAUACAGGCAGCCCGGCCCAGUGU